AUGAUAACCAUGGGCUGUUGGAUGCUAUUUCUCUACGUACUCGCCGUACUCGCCGCCCCCCCCAACGCCGGCCUCUCAUAUGCGUACGAAUGGAACAACGGACAACCACAAAAGUGCAGCAAGCUUCUAACACGCAAAGAAUGGCGGACGCUGACGCAUAGUGAGAAGGCCGAGUGGGUGGGAGCUGUCAAGUGCUUGGCAAACGUACGACACGAACGGCUAUCCUUGACGAAGGACCAGACGGUACUUCAGGGAAAGAGAAGCCUGUACGAUGACUUCUCUUACGCGCACGCAUCUGUGGAGCACAGCGUGCACAGGAAUGCUUACUUUUUGCCCUGGCACCGCUGGUUCACCUACCUAUUCGACACCUCCCUCCGCCACACGUGCGGGUACAGCGGGCCAACACCAUACUGGGACUGGUCGCGGGAUCACGCAGACCUGUUCGGCUCGCCAGUGUUCGAGAAUUCGGCGGAGUACGGGCUGGGUGGAACGGGGGACUGCGAUUCAUCUCGCGAGGCGGACUGUACCGUCACCACUGGUGCCUUUGCCUCGUCUGUAGGGGACUUCGAGCUUGCCUGGCCAAUCCCACACCCGCUUCGGAGGAACCUGACCCUCAUAACUGGCUGGUUUGCAGAUGAGCGGCCUCAAAAUCGUACUCUCGGCCCAGACUUCGUGCGAAACCUGACCGAGCAAACCACAGGCGACUUCUUUGGGUUCCAGCGCGUCAUGGCACAAAUGCAUGAUCACAUACACAACUUCAUUGGGGGAGAUUUGGCGGGUGACUGCCCAAAGCCCCUGCUGGAGAAGGACUGCCAGGGCAUGGCAGACAGCUUCACGCCCAAUGACCCGCUCUUUUGGCUGCAUCAUGCGCAACUUGACCGGCUGUGGAGUGAGUGGCAGCACUACCACCCAUCCAACUUCGCCGCCUUCUCCGGUAUGCCCCUAACGCCACACAAUAUGACCGACCUAGACUACGACCUUGACGCGCACGCAGAUCAUCAGAUGCCCUUCGAUGUUCAGAGUGUACCCGUGGCGCCGAGGAGGGUGUUUGAUACGGAGGCUUGGCCGUUGUGUUAUCGGUAUAUAGAUGAGGAGUGA